AUGUCAGAUUCUAACACUACCGAUUUCACCAACCCCUCCGUCUUCAUCCUGCUGGGCAUCCCUGGCCUGGAGGCGGCCCAUGGAUGGAUCUCCAUCGCCUUCUGCUUCCUGUACGUUAUAACCAUCUUAGAGAACAUCACCAUUCUAUACAUCGUGAAGAGGGAGGCAAGCCUCCAUGAGCCCAUGUACUAUUUCCUCUGCAUACUGGCUGUCACUGACCUCGUCCUGUCCACGACCAUUGUGCCUAAAACACUGAGCUUCUUCUGGUUCAAGUCUAGAGAGAUCGCUUUUGCCAAGAUCUGCUUGGCGGCGGUGCUGCGUGGCUUCAUGAUCAUACUUCCCAUUCCCAUCAUGGGGAGUCGGUGGCCAUACUGCAGAAGCAACAUCAUCCCCCACUCGUACUGCAAGCACUUUUCUGUGGUGUCUCUGGCCUGUGCCGACAUCCGUCCCAGUAGUUACUACAGCGUCUCUGUGACAUUCAUUGUGCCCUGUGUGGAUGGGUUUUUAAUCGCUUUGUCGUACACCCAGAUCCUCAGGGCCAUCUUCCGACUGCCCACAAAGGACGCUCGGCUCAAGGCAUUUGGGACCUGUGGGUCUCAUCUGUGCGCCCUCUCAGCCUUGUACAUCCCAGAUCUCUUUGUCUCCCUCAUGCAGAGGAUAGCUUCUUAUGUACCCCUGCCUGUGCUCAGCCUCAUGUCCAAUAUGUACCUUCUGGUGCCCCCCAUUCUACACCCGAUCAUCUAUGGGGUGAGGACAAAGCAAAUCCGGGACAGGCUGUUGCAGAUAGUGACUCAGAAAAGGGCCUAA